AUGUCUGCUGCAGAACCUAACCACGGAGUAAGUUCCGGCGAGCGCAAUAAUCUAACUGGGCAAGGCGCUGAGGACAGACAAGCUCAACAAGGUCUUCCAGGGACCUAUGGCCACAGAGCAAACGAAAAUGAACCGUUACUUAGAGAAACGCAAGCGAAGCCUUCACAUAGGUCCAUUGGACAGGUGCCAACGGAUGGUCAUCUUCCAAAUGAGAUUGAGGGUUCGCAAGGGAGACAAUUCAAAACCCGGCAAAAGUACCGAGUUUUUGUGCAGGAUUCAAAAAUUAUCUUGAAUGUGUUAAUUUUUAUCAACCUUGUGUGGCUGAUAACAACCUUUAUCAUGGACUACUUUUUCAAUAUUGGAUUUUUGCAUUUUAGCAAGAGGCUUACGAGUUUCAACGAUCUUUGUUUGAUCUUUGUUUCCAUUGUCGCGAACUCGGUCAACUUGUGGUCGAACCGUGUGGGGCUGUACUCCACUCUGGACCAAGGUCUUAACGUUGUUUUGUUUUUCAUGACCUUGUUCAACCUCUUUUUAACUCUAAUAAUAGGCUACACGAGAAGGAGGUUGGGUUUUGUUGGAGCCUUCACUUAUAUUUGGGCAGCGUUGACCUUUUUUGCGGGUGCUGUGUUGGACUGGUACUUAUACUACUACUUCAAGGAGUUUCAUGCUGCGGAGGAAGAAAUCGAAGAAUCUCCUUCCCCAAGUGGCUCAAGGCAUACUAUGAAAGAGUGGGUGUCAAUUGGUGCGCGCAACUUUGUAAAGUGUGCCAUUUUCGUCUUCUAUGUUUUCUUCACACUAAACACAUUGCUAUACACAAUUGAUGUUGGUCGCGUCACCAGAGGUGUCAAGGAUGUUUCUGCUAAAGCUUCGGCUUCUUAUGAUGCUUUCCACUGGGUCGACAAAGAGCACACCUACCAGCUACACAUAACUUGUUAUGGCGACUUUUCUGCCACAGAUGAGGAUCGCCAACCUGUAAUUCUUUUCGAUCAUGGCAGUUUAGACACAGCCUUCCUUUCUGCGACCUGGAUUCAAGAACUGUAUCAUCUAAACAGAGUUGAGCGCUACUGCACUUACGAGAGACCAGGAUAUGGUCUCUCCGACUCUGCCCCUGCCCCCAUCUCGAUCGCUAUGGUCGCGGAUGCUUUAAGCUAUGCUUUGAUCAAAGAUGCAAAAAUAAAGGGGCCAUUCACCACAGUUGGCUACGACAUUGGGGGACUUUUUACUCAGGUUUUCACCGCUAAGAACUUGGACAAAGUUGAAUCGAUGCUUCUUGUUGAGUCGUGGCAUGAAGACAUUUUACUUAAAAACUACCUUCAAAGACUUUUACCUCCAGAUAAUGACAGCAAAGAUCCGGAUGACAUUAGUAAGCUGCCUAUUGAAAUUAAGAGGCAUAAUGGUUUCAAGCUUUGGUGGCAAGGAAUUUGGUCCACUCUUGGAAUAAAGCUUCAAACUUCAUGGCUUCUCGCUCACCACGGCUCGAAGGAGAGAAUACUGGGACGCGAUAUGCAAUAUCAAGGAAAGUUCAUAAGGGCCAAAUUUUUGGAAAGCGUCACAAGCUCUCUAUUAAGCUACAAGGAUGUUCUCAAUAGCAAGGAGAAGUUGAAAGAUGUUAAAACGAGUGUGGCAAGCUCUAAUCAACUCAUAAAAAAGUCGCCACAGUGGGGUAAUUGGCAAAGAGAUAUUACUAGAAUUUCCUCAAAGACUCAAGAGUGGAAAAUUCUCAAUGGCGGACACGAAGUUUACAAAUUCGGCAGUGCUAAGCAAGAGCUCCAGGAUGUCCUUCUGAGACUUAUUGGAGAUAAGGACCGUUAUUAA